CAUUAAAUUUCUUUUUCAUUUAUUUUUUAGGGUUAGGUCUAAGAAGUGGGCCAGAGUUUUGGGGUUAUGAUUUCCUUUAACAUUUUUAAAAGAAAAAAUAUAACUUUUUUAAAACUACAACAUGGUCCCUUUUUAUAUUUUUUAAUUUUCAAAAUAUUUAUUAAAAUCAUUUAAUAUUUUCAACUACACAUUUCUCUCUCCUCAAACUCUUCCUUCUCCUGAUUUUGGUUUCUAUUUUUUCGAAAAAAAUAAUUCGGCUGAUUCUUGCUUCCUUGGGUGAAUUUUUUGAAUUUCUCUUGCUCAGGCAAGUGUAAUUUUCUUCCCCAAUCAGUUCUAAAUCCAUUUUAGUAAUUUUUUUCGAUGACUCUUUGUGUUGAAAUUUUUCGAUCUUGAUAAAAAUUACACUGUUCUUCGUUCAAUUAGUCAAAAUUUGAGUGUUUUUAGUUAACAUUGUCGAUUUCACAUGUUUAAUCGGGUUUUGCUUUGGAUACUGAUUAGAAUUUUUUUUUCAAUUUUUGUAGUUAUAUUGCUUUUGAUUUUGAAUUUUUUGUACUGAAUUGAACCCAUUUUAAUGGUGUUCUUGUUGUUGUGAAUUGCACUGCUAAAGUUGGAACUUGAAUUGCAUGUUUGAUGUGAGACAUUUUUUCGUUCUUCUUAAUAGACCAGUGAUCGAUAGAUCGACCACUACAGAUUUGUUUUUGCUGCAUUUGUUCGUUUUUUUUAAUAGACCAGUUGUCAGAUUCAUUUUUUGCUGUAGAUCAUAAAUGGUGAGAAAAAUUCAUAGAGCGGUUAAAAGACCUGCUUCCAUUGCUUCUACCAGCAGGAAGCGAAAAUCCGAAGAAGUUCUGAAAACUUUCAAGAGAAAAAAACCCGUAGUCGAUGAAUCGGAGUCGAAAACCGAAUCAAUAAUCCUUGUCGAUAUUUUCAAAUAUGACGAAAGUAGUGCACACGAGAGUGAGGAUGCUGAGGAUAGCAAAGGUAAAAGCGAAGAAAAAAGUAAAAGUGAUAGCGGGGACGGUGAGGAUAGGAAAGAUAGCGGAGACGGAGAGAAGGAUCCCCUCUCCUUGCCAAUUUGUGCAAGAGAUAUCUCCGUUGAGUCGUAGGCCUAACAACUUGGAUGGAUGAUCUUCGCUCUUUUCCUACAAAGAUUUCUAUGAGGGCAAGAUAGCGAUGUAUCGAGAGUUUAGACGGGUUCUCGUUGAACAAAAAUUGUAUUGUGAUUUUAAGAAGACAUGUUUCGGACAUUUGAGGCAUAUUUUAAUGGACAGAUGGUUCAUUAUAUGUUCUUGCGACGUAUAAAAAAUAAAAAAAACUGCAUGAAAUUUGAUUUUGUGUGAACGGUAAGCCAGCUUGUUUCGGCUUAAAAGAAUUUUGUUUGAUUAUGGGGCUGAAUUGUUCAACAUAUACCCGUGAAUAAAAAAUGAACAAAGUCCUCCAAAAUGGAGAAAACUUUCAUUUUAAGGUGACGAAGAAUAAGAGCAUUACUGCUGCAAAGUUGAUUAGCCUGAUGAAAGGUAAUAGGCUGAAUAAUCAACAAAAAUUAAAGUGUGCUUUGGUUUGGUUUAUGCACGCGAUGCUGCUGGCAAAGGACCCGUCAAAGAAGGUGGAUUCAGACCACAUCAAGAUGGCGACUGAUUUAGAAUUCUUCAAGGGGGAGGGGGGUAUCCACGGGGAAAAGAGUCAUUUGAGCUGACCUUGAGCUAUCUGAAAAAGAAGACUGAUCUGAUCGAGCAAAAAGAAACUUUUGUCAAGAGGAAUAAUGCAUCGUACGGGUUAUUUGCCUUCCCUGGACGUUUCUGGUUUGGAUAUAUGAGGCCUUUCCUCAUCUGGGAAGGUACGCCGGCAAGUCGUUGGAUUCUCCCCUGCCUAUUCCCCGUCUUCUUCGAUGACACACGUCAAAGUGCGACAACAUAAAAAAAGAUGACCCGUUUAAGUACAAAGUAAACAACACAAAGAUUGUGCAUCCGUAUCUUACCCCUACUGUCCGUGAGAUGGAGCAGAGAUAUAUGAAAACUUUUAAUACAUACAUGGACAAAGUUAAGGAUACGUCCAUCGAUGCGUUGAAGGCACAACUAAAAGGUGUGAUUGUCCUGACUUCAUCAGUGGAGGUCGCGAACGAAGACAAAGAUUUGGGUGGCCACCAUUAUGUUCUAAGUCCACCACGCGCUUGUGAUCAUGCUGGUUCAAGUGGACUCAAAACUUCACCAGACGCUUCUGAUGACGAUGACCUGCGAGAGUGCGUUUCCUUGCUCGAGAAAAGUCUACUGAAUAUUGCUUCUUUUGUUAGAGAUGAGAGGCUGAGGAGAAUCGAUAAGAAUAAGAAGAAGCAACAAGAAGAAGUGCACCUCGAUAACCCCCCUCUUAAAUGGCAUCAAGUAAACCUCGAAGAACUUGCAGUCGCAGUGAUGGACAUGACUGCAGUAGAUGAAAAAGGUGAAGAAGAGAAGAAAUAGAAGAGGAGAAUGCAACAGAUGAAGAAGAGAAAAAAUAGAAGAGGAGAAUGCAACAGAUGAAGAAGAAAAAGAAAAAGGAGAAGAUGAGGAGAUGACAGCUGAAGCAGAAGAAGAAAAUGAGGAGAAAACAAAAGAAGAUGGUGAAAAAAAAUCAGAAGAAGAAGAAGACAAAAACGAGAAGGCAGUUGAAGAAGAAUUAGUGGUCGAACGAGAGGUUGAAAACAUUGAAAAAGAGAAGAAAUCAUCAGAAGAAGAAGAGAAGAAAAAUAAGAAGAAACAAGUUGAAAAAGAGGAGAAAAAACAUGAAGAAAAAGAAGUAGAUGUGAUGGGCAUCGUUGAGGAACUCAAUCAAGAAAAUAAGUAGUUUUGUGGAUUUGGAACAAACAAUUUUCUUAAUGAUUUAUUUUUUUUAGUGAUUUGUUCUUUAUGGAUAAAUUGAAUUACAUAUAUUUCACAUUUUUUUUAGUGA